GUUAACUCGACGCAGCCACGCAGCCACUAUUCUGACUUACUAUACACUAUACACGCAUAGCCGAGCCAAGCCGAUCUACGCAUGCGUAAUCGUCGCAGGCAGGGGCACUCACAAGGUCUGUGUUUGAGCCUAAAGCGCCGGCAUGCUGAUCCGCACACCGUUUACGGACCUGGUGUCCGCCGUUACGGAAGCUGAAAGCAACCGCAACUGCCAGAAGCUGUCCAUGCAGCUAGCUCUGUGUCGGGAGGCCUACGGCAUGCACAGACCCGAAAAGUGCCAAGAUGAAUACGAGGACUUCAAAGAGUGCAUCUUUGGCUUCAAGCAGCGUGCACGUGUGGUCAUCAUGCAACAGGAGCGAGAGAAGCAGUUCAAGAAUGGACAGCGGAAACAGCACUAUGCUGAGAUGCCUCCCGUGGAUGGCUUCGCCAUGCGUGACCCAUUUGAGUAACAUGUUCUUGUGAUGUAGGAAAUAAAUACUUGCUAAACUAC